AAACUGACCCUGUCUUUGGGCAUUUCUCCUCCAGUUUGGCUUUAUCCAUGAUUUGUGCGCUAAGAAUUACCCUUGGUAUAUCGGCUUACUUACCAAACUUCUGUAUACUACUACUACACCCACGUUCACAUACGGAAACAUGGUAAAAGUAAAGUACCUCACGCUCAUAGCCGUAAAAGUCACUCACGAUUGGCUCAACACCUCCGACUACACAAUUUUGUAUUUAAAACGGUAGGGAAUAAUAACAUUUCGUGUAACUGUGCUGCCGUUGCCCACUGAGUAAAGCAAAAAAUAUAUCGUCUUAACAACUCAAGCCGCUCUUCUUACCCUUACAACACGGCCACUCCCACCCGUAGUCAUGCGCUGGAGAAGGUAAACGCGUUUUUGCAUCCUGCAGUUUGUCAUGCGCUAAGGCGUAACUUUGUGGAAGUUUUCAGUGCGGUGAUGUUACUUGGAGUAGGAUUUUUUACAUAAACUGGAGUACGCGACGUAAUAUGGAGAUACCAACGGUAAAUUUGAAGACAAUACUUUUGGUACACUGGCUGUUAACAUGCUGGGGAUGUUUGGUGGCCUGGCUACCAUCUGCCUAUGCUUGGAGUAACUUCACUGUCUUGGCAAUGGGAGUUUGGGCAGUGGCACAGAGAGACUCCGUUGAUGCUAUCAUUAUGUUCUUAGUUGGGAUGAUAAUCACUUUUGUUACCGAUAUCAUUGAUUUUGGGAUUUAUUACCCUGUUGGUGAGGUGGUUUUUACGGGUUGGCAGAGAGACUCGUUCCGAUUCAGUGUUGGAAUGGCCAUCCUUAGUCUAAUUCUGAAGCCUCUUUCAUGUUUUUGUGCAUAUCAGAUGUAUCGAGAGAGGGGAGGCGAUUACGCAGUUAAUUUUGGGUUUCCUACUGUCACCUCGAAUCGCAACACAUACCAAUCACUUGAGCAGAAUCGCAGCACAUACCAGUCAAUUGACCGGCAGGAUUCUCCGGUAAAUCCUCACCUGUACAAUGAGCAAGACAACAAGGCACCUGUUCGUAUCUAGUGAUUCUUCAGACCUCCAUGUGAUGGUGAGGAAGACAUUUCAUCUGGGAUUUGUAUCAGGUUGUUUCCUGAGACACUGCUAUGGACUGUGUUGGAGAAAAGUAAACAGUAUAAGUACUAAUAAAUGUACUUAAUGUACUGGGUCCUUCUGCAUUAUUGGCAUCUGCUCAUUAGUUGUACAAAUUCAUGUUGGCAUAUUUAAACAAACCAUUAACUGGGAAUCGUGAUCUUUUGUUGAAAAGGGUGUAAAGAAUCAACAUUAAAAUUUGCAAAUGACAAAGAACAUGUAAGUGAUGCAUGAGUUAUGUAUGUUUUACUUUACAGUCUGUAAAGACACCUUUAGUGUAGUACGAUCUUAAGUUUAAGGCUUCAUAGGAAAUAAAAAAAGAAUGUAAAACCCACAACAUUUGAAAUAGAUUAUAAACUCUUGAUGUUCAGCUGUCUUUACUAGUGAACUCCUCAGUCUGCUCAUGUAACACAGUGGCACUUUUAAGACAUUGAUCAAAGGCAUAGUUUAAUUGUUCACAGAAUCAUUGUAUUUGCAAGAUAACUAAUCCUGGAGACCAUUUACGCAUUGCCACUGCCCCCCUUAUGAGCCUAAAACUGUUGAUCUCUCUUGAUAUUUCCUUUGUGUUUCACGUUUUCCACUUUUGAAGUACCAUGGUGAAUGUAUAUAUUGCAUUUUUUUCUAAUGUGUUUAAGUAACAGCUAUGUCAUGGUGGUUGUAUGCAUUGUGGUAAAAUUAAUGCCCACCAAUGACCCUUUAAAACACACCUCAUAAAAGCAGUUAUUCUUCAGUAGUGGUAAAACCUGGAGUGAGUUGUUACAGUUGCUGACAUUUAAACCUGUGGAUUAAAGUGAAUAAAAGAAAAAAUAAAAAGAGUAUUUCAUGUAAA